AUGUCCUCGAAGGUAGCUACACUUACGUUUGCUUUAACUGUCAUCUUCUGCUUGAACAAUCGUGAUGAUCCUAAAGCAGAGCACCAACAGCGUUGUGCGGUGGAAAUAGCAACCAGAACCAUCAAGCAAGCUAGAGAAUGCUAUGGUCAUAGCGUGUUUAAUGAUGCGUUUUUAGCAGUGCUUCGAGAGGAUCAUACCACCAUUACGAGCACCCACGAUUACGAAAAUGAAGCAUCAUCAAGCCAUCAUGAAGCUGGAGCUGUCGAUGUAAUGGAUGUGGAUGAAGAUAUCGACGUGGAGCGUGCUGAGAAUGAAGAAGAUCCGCAACAAAAUGUUGACAGAAAUGAUGAAGAUGGUGAUCAAAACGAUGAAGGAAGCUUCAGCCCUCAUAUGCAAACCGAUCCUGCUCCUCAAUGGGAUCAUGAAGAUAUAUGGAAUCAGCUUAUGUUUCCCGGUAUCUUGAUGAGGUCUUUUCGCAUUCAAACACUGAAACGAUCCUCAAACAUGUUGCUCCGCAUCUCAAACAAGCUGCUACCGAGCAAAGAAGGCCCUUCGGGAUUUUUAUCCGAUCAAGCCAAAGUCGUAUCCAGUGUGUCAAAAUGGGUACAAAUGCGCCUAAGCAAACAAUCGAGUAUCUACUCUUUGCGUGAUCAGCUCGAACUAGUUGUUAGGGAUGAUGAAGCACGUGAUCUUUUGAAAUAUGGGCAACAUUAUUCGGCGAAUGACGUGACGGCAUCAUCCGUUCAAACGCAGCAGCCACUCUAUGAUGCUCGUUCACGCGAUAAUUUUGGAUUUUUACCGAAGUCCGAUAUCAUCAAAAAGAACAUGUUGCAAAUAUGUGUUACUCCUGGUCCCAGGACUGUCGAUGCAAUUAGCUUUUUGGAACCAGUUCUCGAGGAGUUGGAAUCAAUCGCCACUGACGGCUUUCAUGUUCAAGUUGGUAGUAGCAUGUUACGCGUCAAGGCACACUUGGUGCUUGUGGGUGGCGACAUGCCAGCAGCUUCAAAAAUGGCAGGGCUUAUAGACCAUACUGGAUAUCACGGAUGCCGUUUUUGUUACAUUAAAGGAAAACACAAUGGCAGUGCAGUGAUAUUUCCUCCUGAACAGGUGGAAUCUGAUAUGAGAGAACCGCCAUGUUUAAAGCUUUACGUUCUUCUAUUGGUCAACGUCGCCCCAGUCCAUUCGCAACGCUUCCUAGCUUCCAUGGCUACACAUUUUCCCUGA